CCCCUUCUGAUGGGACAACUGGGCCCAGGUCAGUCAGUGAAGUUGUGAUAUUUCAGAAGAGAUAACUUACAAAGGUCAGAUGAAACUUUCAUGAUCCCCGCGGACACAGUUGGUAGAAUCAUCCAUGGCGAGGUCAAAGGCGAGAGUGUACACUUGUUGUGCACUGACGCUGCUCUGCGUGGUUAUUAUAAUUGUGUGUAUUGCUGUAUUUGUGAGGCGCCAAGAGUCGCCAAGUGUGAAGUGUCCCGAUGAUACUUACCCAAGAGCCGCAGUGGCCGCAGACUCUGGGAGAUGUUCAGAGGUUGGACGGGACAUCCUUCAAAGAGGGGGUUCAGCGGUAGAUGGCGCCAUUGCUGCGCUGCUGUGCACCUCCGUCAUAAACCCACAGAGUAUGGGCAUCGGAGGGGGGUCCAUGUUCACAGUGAUGGACAGAUUUGGUAACGUGAAGAUCAUAAACUCCAGAGAGACUGUACCGAGGAUGUUUAAACCUGACCUGCUGAAGUCAUGCCCCAAGACCUUCCAGCUGCUGCAAGGUGGCCAGUGGAUUGGGAUCCCAGGGGAAAUUCGAGGUUAUGAAAAGGCACACAAGCUUUAUGGGAAGUUGCCGUGGGCCACCCUCUUCCAGCCGACCAUCCGACUGGCCAGAGAAGGGUUUCCCAUGCCUGAAGUCCAAGGUCGAUACGUUCAGAAAAUUGAUAAGAACCUGAGCCAGACACUAUGGGACUUAUAUUCAGAUGGGGAUGGGAACUUGCUGAAGACUGGUGACACAGUGAAGUUUGAGAAACUGGCCGACACUUUGGAGAAGAUUGCAGAUCAGGGGGCAGACGCCUUCUACACUGGACAAAUAGCCGAGGACUUGAUCCGUGACAUAGAGGAGGCAGGGGGGAAUCUCACAGUGCAGGACUUGGCAUCAUAUAGAGUUACAGUGACUGAUGCGUGGGCUGUUCCUCUGGGAGAGUACCAGAUGUACAUACCUCCACCCCCUGCAGGAGGCAUCAUCCUCAGCUUCGUCCUUAACAUCAUGAAAGGAUUUGGCCUGAAUCCAGCAUCUCUGACGGGUGAACAAAAGACUCUGACUUAUCACCGCUAUGUUGAAGCUUUGAAGUUUGCCAAUGGAUUGAAGAAAUACAUCCAUCAACAGUCCAGUUCAGAGGAAAUGGCAAGGAAAUUCACAGAGGACAGCUUUGCCGACCGCAUACGGAGCUUGAUCAGCAGCAGCACGACUCAUGAUCCCCAGUACUACAACAUGACCCAGUAUCUGGACAGCAUGGGCACCACACAUGUGUCUGUGCUGGCUGAGGAUGGAUCUGCUGUGUCUGUCACCAGCACCAUCAACCACAUAUUUGGCUCCAUGGUUUAUUCUCCGAGAACUGGAGUCAUCCUCAACAAUGAGCUGGCCGACUUCUGUGGAAUUGCCGAUAACAUCUCUCCUGGGGAGCAGCCUCCUUCCUCCAUGGCCCCCGCUGUGCUGAAGUCUCAGUCGAAGACGCUGGUGAUUGGAUCGACUGGUGGGAGUAUGAUCACGACUGGCAUCGCCUCAACGCUCAUGAACCACCUUUGGUUUGGAAAGAACCUUAAGGAUGCCAUCGAUACUCCGGUUGUUUUUGUCAACUCUAAAAAUGCAUUGAAGUUUGAAUCCAAAUUUGACGAGAAUGUAAUUGAGGGUCUUAAAGCUUUGGGACACAAUCAAGAAGCAGCAACCAGUUUCUACAAUGUGGUCAACGCAGUGGAGAAGGAGGACAGCUGUAUCUGUGCUGUGUCUGAUGCCAGGAAAAAGGGCAAAGCUGCCGGCUACUGAGACCGUGAGUCAGUGACUUUGGUUUGUGCGGGACGGCCUGAAGGUUACAGACAUUCCUGCUGCCACAGAUGCACAAAGGUUGCAAGAGACGGCGUUUGUCCAGCUGGAAAAAUCAUUGUACAAGGCACUGAGUAAGAGGCUUGUUCAGCUGAACGCCAACAGUAACAUGUACCAGUUAAACAUAAAGUCUCUGUAACAGUGACAUGAUGGAUUUAACUGUGCAAGAAAAAACUACUGCCCAUAUCUGUGAUUGUACCUGACCUACUGUGACUCUUUUAUUCAGCUUUUUUUAAUACACAUUUUUAUCUCUCAUGGCAUUUCUCUCAGUUUUUUUUACAAUUUCUGACGUGUUUCUCUUGUAAAACAGACGACAAUACUGAUCAAUGUUCAUUUCAUUUUUCACAUCAUACAAGUGGCUUGACAGUAUAUUCAUGUUCAUAUCUGAGACAUACACAGCAGGCUAUUUUAGACUGUCUCACUGUCUUAAUAACUUGUUCAUAUCUGGUAUUAUGCAGAAUUGACAAUCUCAGUACUGGAGCACUGAGUUCACAUGCAUCUUAUUCUAUCAUGAAAACCAUGUUAAAACAUUUGAAAACAUCCUGAAAGAGACUUUGCGGUGUGAAAAUAUCCUGCUUCAAAUGGGAGCAUACAAUAAAUGAAAUGUUAAGAAAUAAAUAAGUCCUGGUUACAAACAAAUAGCAAUUACAAGAGCUGUUUUUGGCUGCACCAAAGUAAACCUCAGCUGGGCAGGUCAGUCCCUUUAACCUGAGGUCACUGCUAUUGAAAUCCGCUCUGUAAAUCCUUUCCUUUGUGCCAUAAUGUAUUCUGAACAACCUGCGUGACUUCUCUGUGCUGCUUUUCAUAAAUUAUUUUUCAUUUUUGGGAUGGAGCAUGCUGCAGCUGGAGCAAGAUAAUCAGAUCUAGUAGUGACUCACACAAACAGGCGAGCAGUUUCAGAGAAAGUUUGUGAAGGAAUAUGAUGCACUUUCUGUGUCUAUCCAAAGGCCUACAUGAGCCACAUUUCAUUCAAUAGAUAAAAGAAAUUGAUUUUUCUUUUGUUAUUUUUCAGUUCAAAUCCAGGGAAAUAAAUCAAUCCUGAAAGGAAAAGGUCAGAUAAUAAGAUCCUGGUGAUUUUCAGGGUGGGCUCUGUUGCCCUGUCACAUGGUAUUUGGACCUCGGGGGGUGUGACAGUCACACUGUGCCCUGACCUUAUAGGAGCCACCUGUUGCAAAUGCCACAUUACCAUGUCUGGCAGCAGGAACAAAAGGUUGCCAGGAGAGGAUCAUGGGUAGGGCCUCAUGCGAUGACCACCCUGCCUUUCCCUGGUAAACGGUGGCAGCUCAGGCGUUUCCCUGACAGCACACAGCGGCACAGAUGAUCUGCUGGCUCAGAAACAAGUACAGCCCUCCAACAACCAAUCCUGAACAGCACGGUCUGAGCUGAUUUCUUUUAUUGCCCUAUUUGCAGGCUAAUCUGCAUAAAUAAAUCCUCUGUUUCUGC